CUCACCCACGUUCUUCUUCACUGUCCAACUGCAUAAAAAAUUGCAGCGACGAUGGGGAAGAAGGUAAAAUGGAGUUGGAGUUCAGCGUUAAUCGGAGCAGCUUCAGCAGUAGCAGCAACAACGAUUCUAUCAGCAAAACCCAAAGACCCAACGUUCCACCUCAUAUCAAUCAAUUUCACUUCCCUCAAACUCAACCUUCCCCUCCUCGACGCAGAGCUUCUUCUCACCGUCCACGUCACCAACCCUAACAUCGCACCCAUUCACUACUCCUCCACCACUAUGUCUAUUUUCUACCAAGGUUCCCUCCUCGGCUCCGCUCAGGUUCAAGCCGGCUCCCAGCCGCCCCGCUCUUGCCAGCUCCUUCGCCUCCCCGCUCGCCUCCACGCGCUCGAACUCGCUCACCACGCCAAUCGCUUUGUCCACGACGUUGCGAAGCGCGAGAUGCUGCUUGACGCCGCCGUUGAUAUUGCCGGCACCGCCAAGGUUCUGUGGUGGGACCACCAUUUUAAGGUCCACGUGGAUAGCCGCGUCACCGUUGAUCCAGUUUUUCUUGACGUCAUUGAUCAGGAAAAUACAUCUGAACUUGAAGUCUUUACCGCUGCGUAGGGAAGUGAGGAAUGAAGUGUAUCCAAGUGAGAACUGGGAAUUGUUUUGUUUCGCUUUGGAAUUUUCGAAUUCGAAUUUUCAGUUUCAUUGUUUGAAAAAUGUUUCGUCUUUGAUGUUUUGUGCUCUUCAAUUUUCGAUUAAUUAUUGAUGAAAAAUGAGC